AUUUAUUUACUUACGAAUACAUAGUAUCGCGUACAUGCAUAACAAUAUAACAUAUAGAUAUACCAUCGACUUUGACAAUUCCCACGUCAUAAUAAUUCGUUGAGCAUCUAAAUACUUCUUAUCCCGGCGUAAAUAAAAUAAUCAUCAAGGGGUUUUUAUAUUUAUAAAUUAAAGUCCAAGGAUAAUGAUUGCUCAUGAUAAAAGUUUAUAAAGUUUUUAAUAUCAUUAUUGAAUAAGUGAUUAUUAGAAAAUUUGUAUAAUACUAUAUUUGCAGAAAAAAUAAUAUUAAACCUCCAUUUAUUUAAGCGGUUCAAUAAUAUAUAGCAUCACUUGGAAAUGUUGAUUAAAGAAGAACCCCAGUGGAUGGGUAGUGGCGAUACAAAUUUUCUAAUGCAUCCAGAAUUUUCUUCUAUUGUUGUUGAUAUAGGUAUAUUCGUCAGUUAUGUUGAGUAUACAGUGUCAUAAAUUGUACAAAAAAAGAAAUGGUCAUUGGUCAUUGUUGUUCCUUUUAUUUAUUGAUAUCAUUGAAUUUUUCUUUAUCAUUUUCAUUCUGCUAUGAGAAGCGAAUCUUAUGAAAAAAAACCAUUGAAUCAUGAUCAAGAAUGUUCACUGCCGUCUAACGACUUGCUUGAAGUUUUGAGUAUGGAGCCAGAUAUUCAAAAUUUACUUGGUGGUCCAGAUCCUCUAAGUUGCGAUGAAACCACUGUUGAACUUAUGAAAGGAACAUCAUUUGACUCAUUUUCAUCAAUUGAUAGUUUCACAAAUUUUCCAGUUACUUUUAAUGAGUUUGAAAAUGUAUUUCCAAACAUUUACGAAACAGAAAGAAAUUUUACUAAUCAAAAUGAUGAAGUAAUGGAAAACGAAAUGAAAAAUCAAAAUUUUCCAUUGAGUCCAAGCCCGAGUCAUUCAGAAUCUAGUAGAUCAGAAUGGCAAGUUAAAACUUUCAAUCCUAUUGGCGUUAAAAACGAAUCUUUUUGUUCUUCAGCUGAUACAGGACUUUCAUUUGAUACACCACCAAUAUCUCCUCCACAAAAUGAAUCACCAACUGUAUCGCCAAAAUCAACAGAAGCUUCUAUUUUAUUACAACCACUCAAUCAUAAUUUAUUUAAUAAAAAUGAUAAAAUACUUGAUUAUUCGAUACACCACAAUCAACAGCUUGACUUUGGUUUAUCUAAUAAUAGUAAUAAUAAUGGUAAGCGAAUUUGUUCUGAUAUAGAUUUACAAAAAAAUUCAGAAACUGGUGAACAGCCUAGAAAAAUGAUUGUUUUGAGUCCUAAAGAUUUUGCCGCAUUAACAAAAAAAGUGAGGCAAAGUAAUUUAACAAUAGCUCAACCAAUAAAAAUUCAAACUGUUAAUGCAAAAUCUUCGGAUAAUCAAAAUUCUGCAACAAUUAAACAACAAGCUGAAACAAUUAAACUCACGCCAUUUAAUGGUUUCAGAGAUUCAAAUCAAAUCAAAAUUAUCAAUGCAUUUCCAACUAUAAAAAUAGAAAAUAAACCAGAAAUCAUUUCAACUGUUUCUGAGAUAAAAUCAAACAUAACUUGUCCAUCUUUAAUGAUUAAAAAUGAUAGUACAAACAUGACACCAAUAAUAAUGAAUAAUUCAAUUCCUCAAGAAUUGAUAAGUUAUUCAAAACGUGAAGAAGGUGAAAUAAAAGCUCUCAAAAGACAACAAAGAAUGAUAAAAAAUAGAGAAUCAGCAUGUCUUUCACGAAAAAAAAAAAAAGAAUAUGUAACAUCACUUGAGAGUCAAAUAUCAGAGCUUCAAGAAGAAAAUAAAAAUCUCAAAUUCGAAAAUGCUUCAUUAAGAGAAAGACUCUCGAGUCUACUAGAAACUUCAACAAAAUGUGUUGAAAGUAAAUUUAGUAAUGUCAAUAUUCAAAUAAAUAAAAAAAAUACAACUAUUCUUUUAGCUGUAUUUUGUCUUUUUUCAUUGAAUUUUACGUCAUUUUCAUUUGAUGAUUCUCGAUUAAAUGAAAUUCAACAUCCUUCUUUCUCCAAACAAAAACCGAGAAUGGGACGAUCAUUAUUAUGGAUCAAUACAACAGAGGAAGACAUCGCAAAUGAUGUAGUUAUUGAUGAUGAUAAUAACAAUAAAACAAAAUCAUUUCGUUCACUCGAUGAAAAAUUAAGACAACAUUUAAAAAUUCAUGGAGGUUCAUUAGACAAUGAAAACUGUGAAAAUGAUAUUAUAAAGUUGGAUAUCAAAUUGAAUAAUAAUUCAUUAUUAGCAGGAAUUCAAGAAAAUAAAUUUCAAAGACAGGAUGAUACACAUUAUUUUUUUUGGUUUAGUGAUAAAAUUUUUUGUUUUUUAGCGUCAUUGCGAAGUAGUGAAGUUAGACCAAAAAUAACAAUAGUUUUUCCAGUUAUUCCAAUGAAUGAAACAUACAAUAAAUCACCAAAUGAAAAUGUGACAAUGAUGCAAAUUGAAUGUGAAGUUACAAAUAUAUUAACACCUUUCAAUUUAAGUGAAUCAUCUAUUCAAAAAUAUCAGAAAAAAUGCCAACCAGAUAUUCCUAAGAUACCUGCUAAAAAAAAUCGAAGAAAAAGAGGAUUAAAUUUUUAAAUUGCUUGAAAAGCUUCAAUUUUUUUUUUUUUUUUUUUUUUUUGUACGUUAUUAUUUCAAAUUGAAUAUAUAGAAUUAAAUUGGCUGCUAAUUAUAAGCUAAAACAAUUUCAAAGAGUUAUAGAAAAUCAAAUAUCUAAUAUAAUGAAAAGGAAAAAAAGAUUUAUUAUUUUAGAAAUAUUAAAAAUAUUACGAAAAAAUAAGUAAUAUAUGUGUAAAUAAUUC